CAUUUAUGCUAAGUAAUUUCAAAAUCCCUGUGUAGUCAGUCGGUAGAGUUACAGCCCGGACAAUGCGUGAGUAACGACAAGUAUAUUCGUAGUGUGUUGACUUUGCAGGGAACAGCUUUUCUCAUUAUAAUAAAUAUGGACUUAAGAAGGGCCUGGAUGUAUUCUCUGAUCGGAAAGAACCAGACUAUACAUCGAUAGAUUAGGAAAAAGACUAUGUGCCAAUAGAUUGGGGAAAUAAACCUGUUAAACCGAUACCGGGAAAAAUAUUUGAGAAAUUAGAAGAUUAUGGAAGAGAAAAGAUGGGAAUAACUGAAACAACUGAUGAUACAACUGAAGAAUCAGAAGAAGAAGAAUUGGGAGCAAGACUAAAAGAAUUUGAUCCGGAGAUCAUAUCCGUGGCAACUUGUAUGAUCACGUAUGGAAUUAUGUUCAUCAACAUUGCGUCAAUUUCUCCUCGAAGAUGGAACAAAGAAAUUGUAAUGUCAGGAUUGUAUCAAAACGCAUCAUACAUAAGCAGAAGCAAUUUAUCAAGUAAAGAUAAGGCUGUUGAGAGCUUAGAUUUUUUGGCUAUAUCUGAUAGAAUACAGCUGAAUAAAACAAUUGUGCAAGACGAAAAGGACUGUCAUCAUCACAAAUUCCUUGUUUACAAAUGCGAUUACUCGCGGCGUUGCGGCGGAUGGGGUGAUAGGCAGCGUGGUAUUGUUUCAUCAUUUCUGUUAGCAAUGAUAACUGGAAGAGCUUUUGUAAUAGAUAUUGAAAAGCCAUGUUCACUUGAAAACAUCUUAAUUCCCCAUUUUUAUGACUGGUCCGUAUGCAAAACAUUUGUUAAUUCAAUUCAUAACAAUAACACCAACGAGUUUGAUUUUGUAGGUGGAUCUACAUUUUUCAAAGCCAUUCCUAACUUCGAUUUCAAAUCCAAAUGGAAGUGGCAGGUAAUAGUCUUGAAAAACAAUCAAAAUUUAAUUCGUUUUCUACGAAGACGCAAAGAAGCUAGUAAACAGUUACGAUGGCUUUUCAAACUGACAGAGCCAAACAUCUACAAUGUAUUACUACAAAUACUUUUCCAACCAACAAGGGAUGUUUUAAAUUAUCUUGAGGAAUUUAAAUUGAAAGUGAAAGGAAAAUCUCUUGUAUGUAGUCACAUACGUAAAGGCCAGAAUCCAAGUAUACCAGAAGAUGACCUAUUUAAAGAAAAACCUGACGAAAUUUCUAUAUUCAACUUCCUGAGACACUUCAAAACGUCUAGCAAAUAUGUUCUUUAUCUGGCAUCAGACUCACAAUCUGUCCGUGAAACAUUUUCAAGAACGUUUAAUAAUAGUAUCAACCUAAACGUAACAAUUGUUCACGUUGAUCGCCUUAUUUUUGGUAUGUAUCCAGAGGCAGUGUGUGAAGGAUUUAGAUUUGCGAUAAUAGAACAAUAUAUUCUUUCUCUAUCUGAUAUUUUGAUUCUAACCAAGAGUGGAUUUGGAAGGAUGGCAGGAUAUAUGAGAGGGAAAUCAGAUCACCUGUAUUUGUGGAGUCAAAAGUCAAGACGUGUUGUUUUGUCAGAUCUACAACAUAUAUAAACGUUCAGAAUAGUAGGUUUGUAUCAGAGUAGAACGUUUGUUCACAUGGAGGUAUGAAAGCCUGAAAUAUUUUGAGAUACUGAUUUCAGAACGAUGUUUGUGCUUGUACACAUAUCUGUAUUACAAGAUGAUCAAGUAUGCAAUCUAGGUUUUACAUAUGCGAAUAAAGACUAACUGGAAUAUUUCAUAAUUGAAACCACCAAUCGGAGUUUUAAUCUCUCUAUGAGGACAGCUAUUUAGAGUGUUUGACUCAAUGUUUAAAGCUUAUAAUCUGUGUCGAAAGUAUGGUAAUAUCCUAUCGGAUGCAUUUAAUUCAAUCCUAAUUGAAUUUCUUCCAGAUUAAAAAAGAAUGUCAAUGGACAAAUUA